AUGGCUUCAUCCCCCACUGAAAGCGAUCCUCCUCCCGCGUAUGAAUUAGAGAGCACGUCCAGCCCGGACCAGAUCCUUUACAACAUCAGAAAUACCAAGUAUAGCUCUGAAUUCGUAACAAAUGGCCAACCAAGCGAAGAGGAUUAUCAAGCACACAUAAGGCACUUAAAAGACUCAUUCAUAGAGUGUGGUGCUGGAGCAGCUCGUCCUACGACUGGCGAAAGCUGUAUUGUCAAUGUACAGUCAAAGCAGGCUUUUGGCAACAUCGAGCAGCUUAUAUGUGCAUAUCAAAGAUUGCUAGAGACUAUCGACCCAUUGGACGAGGAGGAUAUUAUCUUUCUUCUUCUAAGUCGAUUUUCACGCUCUACCGGAACUAGCGUGUAUGUCGAAAUUAAAAGACCAAGCGGGGUGCAAAUUUUCGAUUCAACUAUGGUCGAGCCAUCGUACACAUCGCCUAUUCGAGAUUAUAUGGUCUGCACCCCUAGCGUAGUCACUGCUGAGUUCCACGUACCGCCCUCCAAUAACAUAUCCCCAGAGGUGCUACAUGUGUCAGACAAUCGGCAGCCAUCUACUGCGGAGUUUGGCUGUUCUGUAACCAUAAAUUUUCCAGAAAUGUCCACGGCAGUACCUGUUUCAAAUCUAACAUCUAGUACUAACGCGGACUGCCAUCCUACACAUAACUACGAUCCAUCAGAGAAUGACAUGCUUCAUCCUGUUACUGAUUGGGGUUCACUGCCUGCUAAACUACAACCACCGGCCUUUCGUGUACAUAGGUGUCACCACCGAGGUAUGGAGCGCGGUGGCGAGCAGGAGGCAUUUGAGUUGCCUUUCGGAUUCCCAGAAGUUAUUCAGCAUGUCCAGAACAUCCCUCACAAUUACUACCACAUUGGCUUCUAUGUUCGAAACAAGACAUGUCAGUCUCUGCCCUACAAUGAAGGAGGGUCACGCGAGAAGGGGACACGCUUGCAUACAGUUGCUAUCGAGACGAAGAGCUUUGGUCGCAAGCCCAUGAGAACCACGAACAUUGCACUGGUUGUCCAGGUAUUACGUGAUUGGAUUUAG